UGUUUUGUGAAGGUGUCGAGAAGAAGGCGGUGGAGGAGGACUGCUGCUGCUGCAAACACGAACACAGGAAGGCGACCCAUCACACCUGCAGUGCCUGUAGCUGAAAAUCAGCUACCAUGACGGAUGCAGACAAGUUCCUGUAUGGGGACCGCAGUGCGGUGACCGACCCUCUGGCUCAGGCCGACUGGGCCACCAAGAAGCUGGUGUGGGUCCCCAGUGAGAAAAUGGGUUUUGAGGCCGGCUCCAUCAAAGAGGAGAAGGGAGACGAGUGCGUGGUGGAGCUGACGGACUCUGGCAAGAAGGUGAAGUUCAACAAGGAUGACAUUCAGAAGAUGAACCCACCCAAAUUCAACAAGGUGGAGGACAUGGCGGAGCUCACCUGCCUGAACGAGGCCUCUGUGCUGCACAACCUCAAGGAGAGAUACUACUCCGGACUCAUCUAUACGUACUCCGGCCUUUUCUGCGUUGUGAUCAACCCGUACAAACACCUGCCCAUCUACAGCGAGGAGAUCGUGAACAUGUACAAGGGCAAGAAGAGGCACGAGAUGCCCCCUCACAUCUACGCCAUCACAGACACGGCCUACAGGAGCAUGAUGCAGGAUCGUGAAGAUCAGUCCAUCCUCUGCACUGGGGAGUCAGGAGCAGGAAAAACGGAAAACACCAAGAAAGUCAUUCAGUAUCUUGCUCAUGUCGCCUCAUCCUUCAAGUCCAAAAAAGACCAGGGCUCUGCUGUGUUGUCACAUGGGGAACUGGAGAAGCAGCUGCUGCAAGCAAACCCGAUCCUGGAGGCCUUUGGCAACGCAAAGACUGUAAAGAAUGACAACUCCUCAAGAUUUGGAAAAUUCAUCAGGAUCAACUUUGAUGUCAAUGGUUACAUCGUUGGAGCCAACAUUGAAACUUAUCUUUUGGAGAAGUCUCGAGCUGUGAGACAAGCUAAAGACGAGAGGAGCUUCCACAUCUUCUACUACAUGCUGUCGGGAGCCGGGGAGAAGCUGCGCUCUGAGUUAUGUUUGGAGGAUUACAGCAAGUACCGUUUCCUGUCCAACGGACACGUGACCAUUCCCGGGCAGCAGGACAAAGACCUGUAUGCUGAAACCAUGGAGGCCUUUAACAUCAUGAGCAUCCCAGAUGAGGAAAUAACUGGCCUGUUGAAGGUGGUGUCUGCCGUGCUGCAGUUGGGGAACAUGACUUUCAAAAAGGAGCGCAACUCUGACCAGGCCUCCUUGCCCGAUGACACCGCUGCUCAGAAAGUGUGCCACCUGCUCGGCAUCAAUGUGACCGACUUCACACGAGCCAUCUUGUCUCCAAGAAUCAAGGUUGGUAGGGACUAUGUGCAGAAGGCCCAGACUCAGGAGCAGGCCGAGUUUGCAGUCGAGGCUCUGGCCAAAGCCUCCUACGAGAGGAUGUUCCGCUGGCUGGUCAUGAGAAUCAAUAAGGCCUUGGAUAAGACCAAGAGGCAGGGAGCCUCUUUCAUUGGUAUCUUGGAUAUCGCUGGAUUUGAGAUCUUUGAGCUGAACUCGUUUGAGCAGCUCUGCAUCAACUACACCAACGAGAAGCUGCAGCAGCUCUUCAACCACACCAUGUUUAUCCUGGAGCAGGAGGAGUACCAGAGGGAGGGCAUCGAGUGGAGCUUCAUCGACUUCGGCCUCGAUCUGCAGCCCUGCAUCGACCUCAUUGAAAAACCUGCCGGUCCUCCUGGUAUCCUGGCCCUGCUGGAUGAAGAGUGCUGGUUCCCCAAAGCCACUGACAAGUCGUUUGUGGAGAAGGUGUCUCAGGAGCAGGGCUCACACCCCAAGUUCCAGAAACCCAAGAAACUCAAGGAUGAUGCAGAUUUCUGCAUCAUUCACUAUGCUGGAAAGGUGGACUACAAGGCAAACGCAUGGCUGAUGAAGAACAUGGAUCCUCUGAAUGAGUGUGUGGCCACUUUGCUCAACCAGUCUACAGACAAGUUUACCUCUGACUUGUGGAGAGAUGUGGAUCGUAUCGUCGGCCUGGAUAAGGUGGCAGGAAUGUCGGACUCUGCGCAGGGUGCGUUCAAAACUCGAAAGGGUAUGUUCCGCACCGUGGGUCAGCUUUACAAGGAGCAGCUGACUAACCUCAUGACCACCCUUAGAAACACCAACCCCAAUUUCGUCCGCUGCAUCAUCCCGAACCACGAGAAGAAGGCUGGGAAACUGGAAGCUCACCUGGUUCUGGACCAGCUCAGGUGUAACGGAGUCUUAGAGGGGAUUCGGAUCUGCAGACAGGGCUUCCCCAACCGCAUCGUCUUCCAGGAGUUCAGACAGAGGUAUGAAAUCCUCACUCCUACCGCUAUUCCAAAGGGAUUUAUGGACGGCAAGCAAGCCUGUGUGCUCAUGAUCAAAGCCCUGGAACUCGACCCAAACCUGUACCGCAUCGGUCAGAGCAAAGUGUUCUUCAGGGCUGGAGUCCUGGCCUACCUGGAGGAGGAGAGGGACAUAAAGAUCACUGAUGUGAUCAUCAGCUUCCAGGCCUGGUGCAGAGGAUAUGUGGCCCGCAAAGCGUUCACCAAGAGACAGCAGCAGCUGACAGCCAUGAGGGUUAUCCAGCGAAACUGUGCCGCCUAUCUCAAACUCAGGAACUGGCAGUGGUGGAGACUUUUCACCAAGGUGAAGCCUCUGCUGCAGGUGAGUCGGCAGGAGGAGGAGAUGCUGGCCAAGGAAGAGGAGCUGAUUAAGGUGAAGGAGAAACAAGAGCAGGCUGAGGAGCUGAUCAAAGAAUAUGAGGCCAAGCAGCAACAGCUGAAUGCAGAGAAAUUGGCUCUUCAGGAGCAGCUUCAGGCUGAGACGGAGCUCUGUGCCGAGGCUGAGGAGGUGCGAUCCCGUCUGGCCAUCAAGAAGCAGGAGCUGGAGGAAAUCCUCCACGAAAUGGAGUCUCGUCUGGAGGAAGAGGAGGAGAGGGUCGUUCAGAUGCAAAAUGAGAGAAAAAAGAUGCAGCAGAACAUCACGGAGCUCGAACAGCAGUUGGAUGAGGAGGAAGCAGCCAGGCAGAAGCUCCAGAUGGAGAAAGUGACUACAGAUGCCAAGCUGAAGAAACUCGAGGAGGACAUCAUGGUGCUGGAUGACCAGAACAACAAGCUUAACAAGGAGAAAAAGCUGCUGGAGGAGAGGGUUUCCGAGUUCACCACCAACCUUGCUGAGGAGGAAGAGAAGUCCAAAAGCUUGCAGAAACUCAAGAAUAAACAUGAAGCCAUGAUCACAGAUUUGGAGGAACGUCUGAGAAAAGAGGAGAAGGUGCGCCAGGAGUUGGAGAAGAACCGACGUAAACUUGAGGGAGACUCGACCGAGCUCCAUGACCAGAUUGCAGACCUGCAGGCCCAGAUUGCUGAACUCAGAGCUCAGCUGGCCAAAAAAGAGGAGGAACUCCUGGCUGCACUUGCUAGGAUUGAGGAAGAAUCUGCAGCCAAGAACACGGCCCAGAAGAAGAUAAGAGAGCUUGAGGCCCAGAUCUCAGAGCUCCAGGAGGACCUGGAGAUGGAGAGGCAGGCACGGUCCAAGUCUGAGAAACAACGGCGAGACCUCGGAGAGGAGCUGGAGGCACUCAAGACUGAGCUGGAGGACACUUUGGAUACCACUGCAGCACAGCAGGAGCUGAGGAGCAAGCGUGAAAGUGAGGUUGCCCAGCUGAAGAAGACACUCGAGGAUGAGGCCAAGGCUCAUGAGCAGCAGAUGGGCGAUAUGAGGCAAAAACACAGUCAGGCAUUCGAUGAGCUCAACGAACAGCUGGAGCAGGCCAAAAAGAACAAAGCAUCAGUGGAGAAAACCAAGCAUGCCCUGGAGAGCGAGUUGAAUGAGCUGCAGAUCGAGCUGAAGACUCUGACUCAAGGUAAGGGGGACUCGGAACACCGUCGCAAGAAGGCCGAAACCCAGGUUCAAGAACUGCAGGUCAAAUUUGGAGAAAGUGAGCGCCAGCGGCAGGAGCUCGCCGACAAGAUAACCAAGAUACAGUCAGAGUUGGACAAUGCAAACAGCCUUUUGAGUGCAGCAGAGGGCAAGAACAUCAAAUCCAGCAAGGACCUUUCUUCUGUGGAGUCUCAGCUGCAGGAUACACAGGAGCUGCUUCAAGAGGAGACUCGUCAGAAGCUCUCCCUCUCCACACGCCUGAGGCAGCUGGAGGAGGAGAAGAACAGCCUGCGGGAGAUGCUGGAGGAGGAGGAGGAAAACAAGAAGAACGUGGAGAAGCAGGUUUCCACUCUGCAGACCCAGUUGGCGGACAUGAAGAAGAAGCUGGAACACGAGGCCUUGUCGUUGGAGGGGGCCGAGGAGAGCCGCAAGAAAAUUCAGCGGGAGUUGGAGAGCAUGACACUGCAGCUGGAGGAAAAGACAGCAGCGUACGACAAACUGGACAAGACAAAAACCCGUUUACAGCAGGAGCUGGAUGACCUCAUGGUGGACCAGGACCAUCUGAGGCAGACCGUGUCCAACCUGGAGAAAAAACAGAAGAAGUUUGAUCAGAUGCUGGCAGAGGAAAAAAGUAUUUCUACUCGGUACGCUGAGGAACGCGACAAGGCUGAAGCUGAAGCCAGAGAGAAGGAAACACGAGCACUGAAUCUGGCUCGUGAGCUGGAGACCAUGACGACCCUGAAGGACGAGUUGGACCGAACCAACAAACAGCUCAAAGCUGAGAUGGAAGACUUGGUCUCGUCCAAAGACGACGUCGGCAAGAAUGUUCAUGACCUGGAGAAAUCCAAGCGUGCCAUGGAGCAGCAGCUGGAGGAGAUGAAAAUCCAGCUGGAGGAGCUCGAGGAUGAGCUGCAGCUCACAGAAGAUGCCAAGCUACGUCUGGAGGUCAACCUGCAGGCCAUGAAGACCCAGUUUGAGCGAGACCUGCAGGCCAGAGACGAGCAGGGAGAAGAGAGGAGGAAGCAGCUUGUUAAACAGGUGCGAGAGAUGGAGGUUGAGCUGGAAGAUGAACGCAGGCAGCGCGCUCUAGCCAUCUCAUCUAAGAAGAAACUGGAGACGGACCUGGCCGACCUCGAAGCCCAGAUCGAUGCUGCCAACAAGGGACGCGAUGACGCCCUCAAACAGCUGAAAAAACUCCAGGCCCAAAUGAAAGAUAUAAUGAGAGAGCUGGAUGAGCUUCGUUUGUCCAGAGAUGAAGCUGUCAACGAAGCCAAAGAGACUGAGAAGAAGCUCAAGACCUUGGAGGCGUCUAUGCUGCACUCCCAGGAGGAACUGUCCGCUGCAGAAAAACUCAAGAGACAGGCUCAGACCGAGAGGGAUGAGCUCCAGGAUGAGCUGAACGGCAACAACACCAAAAUUUCUCAGCUGAAUGAUGAGAAGCGAAGGCUGGAGGCUCGUAUCGCCGAGCUCGAAGGGGAACUCGAGGAGGAACAGCUCAACACUGAAAUGGUCAAUGAUCGCCUGAGGAGAAGCACACAGCAGGUCGAUCAGCUGACCUCGGACCUGAGCACAGAGCGCAGCAACUCCCAGCAGCUGGAGGGCGCUCGCUCACAGCUGGAUCGCCAGAACAAGGAGCUGAAACUGAAGCUGCAGGAGCUUGAAGGAACCAUCAAGUCUAAGUACAAGUUCACCAUCACCAGCCUAGAGGCCAAGAUUGCCCAGUUGGAAGAACAGCUCGACAUAGAGUCAAAGGAGCGUCAGCAGGCCUCCAGGCUGACGAGACGCACAGAGAAGAAGCUGAAAGAGGUGCUGGUACAGAUUGAAGACGAGAGGCGCAACAUGGAUCAGUACAAAGAUCAGGCUGAAAAGGCAAAUAGCCGAAUGCGUCAGCUGAAACGUCAGCUAGAGGAAUCGGAGGAGGAGUUGACAAGAGCCAAUGCCUACCGCAGGAAGCUGCAGAGGGAGCUGGAUGAUGCAGCUGAGUCAGCAGACUCGAUGAACCGUGAAGUCAUCUCUCUGAAGAGCAAGCUUAGGCGUGGAGACGUGUCUCACACUCUGCGACAUACCCUGAAUCGUAUUGGGGACAGCGACGAUGAUAGCGGACUGCCGAGUGAAUCAUCUGAACCUGCAGCUGAGUGAAAAGCAGGACGAGAUGCCAAGAGGGAAAUUCUGACCCCAAAAAUAAUGCAUAUAAAUGUAACCUUGCAUCCCCUCCCUCCCCACAUCCUGCUUUAAAUGUAAUGCAUUUCUAUUUGGCCAAAUCUUACUCCUCUCAGCAAAUGUUUUCUAUGAAAGCUUUACAUAUAUAAACUUUCUUAGUAUAUUUUUCUACUUAACGUGUAUGUCAUAACACAUAUCACUGUUUAAACAAACAUUCCAGUUUCCAUUGUAUCUGAGAUGGAGGUCAAUGUGUUGAUUUAAAUGGGGGGGGAACGUUGUCACUUUGUGCUAGUUUUGGACACUCUGGGAGUUCUGGGAGUUUUUCUGCUUCACACUUUGCUGGUGUCAGUAUAAAGUCUGUACUGUAUGCCCUUCCUCUCACUCUGUUAAUACCUCAGCCAGAUUGCACAAUGCCAACUCAAACACUUACGACUGAAAUGUUCAGAUCUUUCUAAGUGGAUGCAGUAAUAUAGGUGGUUAUCCCCCACCCCACCCCACACACUGGCUUUAUACUUUACUGGUGUUGGGUCAUCAUGUAUUGGAUCUGUCUCCUGUUUUGUGCUAUGCUUUGCAGCUGAAAUGGUUUCUAUUGGCACAUUAGUUUCUACCUGCUGAACUUGCCCUAUUUUAGGUAAAUACCUGCCACUGUAUUAACCAAGAAAUUACAAGACACCGAUGCCAAUAUUGUAAGGCUGUUCUACAUUUUAUAAAAUGCCUUAAAUGAAAUAAAUGGAGAAUAAAUGCAUCUGAAUCUUG